AUGAGUUCGUACACCUCUUCAUCGGGUUAUCGCCGAAGGCCGGUAGUGGGAUAUGAUCCAGAAGAACGAGCGUUAGAUAGGAUAACAAGAGAUGUAAGUUUUUUAUUAUUUUGUGUUUAAUAUUUAGGUAAAAACGACGAUUUAAGGUCUAAAAAGGCUAAAACUACUGCUCAAUCUAUUAUAAAAUUCAUUUAUGUAAAGAAUAGAUAUUUUUUGUAAAUUUUGAAUUGUGAAAUACGACAUGCUAAUGAAAUAUUAUUUUUUUGUGCUUUAGGCAGAAGAUCGAAUGAGUAAAAAGCGAGAAGCUCGAGAUGAAGCAAGACAAUAUCGUCUAGAACAAUUGGAAAAGCAGAUCAGGGCUACGGAUGAGGCAAACUACUUGGCAGUGGUAAGUUCUUUUGAUUUUUAGUUGUUUUACGUUUAGAGCUGUUUUUGUUUUGUCAAAUUUGUGAUGUUGAGAUUAGUUUUGUCUCUUGUAAAAAAGUUUUUGUAUAACAUUGUUAUUGUUUUUUAGAAAACCUAACGUUUUUAAUUUCAAACUUUUUACUAUUUUAUAUUAUUUUAGUAUGUGAAAGGUCAUUUUGUUCACAAACGGUGUGAAUUAAUGGAGUUUGCAGUAUUUUUUAAUUAUUUCAGAAUGGAAAGAGUAAGUCAAAGUCUCAACUAAUCAAGGAGAAGGAGGAGUGCGAAAUAGAAGUUCUUCAAGUGAGUUUUAUGUUUUUUUUUAAUUUUUAAAGUGUCUGUGUGUAUAUGUUACAUGUCGGAUUGGAAUAUAUGUGAAAAACAGGGUUUAUGUUUAAUUAGGUAACGUUUUUUCUGAUUUUAAGUUGUUUAAGGGUUGAGAAAGAUGAAAUUUUCAAAUGUUUGACUUUUUCAACAAAAGGUUUUUGCAUUCUGCAUUAUUCUUGUAAUGCCUAACAUUUCCAGGACAAAGUCAGUGAAUUAGAGAACAAGUUCGAACGUGCAAUGAUAUUAUACUCCCAAGUUGAUAACGAAAAGUCUACAUUAUUGUACGAAAUCGACCUUUUGAAGGACGACCUCGAGGAGAAAGACGAAGUUUUGUAUCAAGCUAAAAGAGAGGCUAAGAAUCUGGGUACAGAAGUCAAACUUCUACAGAAAACGAUAGAAGGCCUUCAGACGAUUCAACAACAACUUAAAGGUGAAAUCGAGAAGAGGGACGAACUGAUAAGGGAUAACGGGUUAUGUUUGGUGGAUCAGUUGGACGAGGAGGAUCUGGUCAGCUGUAGCACAGCUUCUACUGACUUCCAACCGUGAGUUUUUUGAAAUGUUUGAGUUUUCUGUUUUUAGGUACGAAUUUGAAGGUGUUUUCGGUCGAUUUUGGGCUGUUUUUCGAUAACUUACGUAAAUUUACGAAAAGAACUAAAAAACGAAAUUUUAUGUCACUUUCUAAUGUUGGUACAUAUUUAGAAGACCCAAUAGCAUGUUAUUGUCGCUCAACACGAUAUCACAAAUUGAGAAAGCUAUCCCAGGACAACAGAAUUUGGACGAAAAGUUGAAGAAAAUGGUCGAUAUGGUAAGGUUUCUCAAAUUUUUUGUCGAUUUUUAGACUUAGGCAAAAUUAUUUUUGAUUUUCCAAUGCUUUUUUCUAUUUUUAAUGUCAAUGUUUUAUGAAUUUUGGGUCCGAUUUAGCUCAGAAGCAUUAAUAAUUUAGAUUUUCAAGACUUAAAAUUUCGAUAUUUUAGGUUUCGAUGCCCUUACUAGAUUUGAAAACAGUAAUAUUUUAAGUUUUAAGCCAAAUUUCAGGCUUUUUAUGUUUAAAAAUAACUAAAAAUUGUACAAAUUUGACCAUUUCAGAACAAGAAACUACGACAACAGAUUGAAGAAACGGAACAAAUCCUAUACGCCCGCCGAACACGGCAACAAGACCAACAAAAUCAUAUUGCAAAUGGUGUCUCAGCAGCUGAAAUGGAAAGGGAAGCGGCCAAAAUCUCGGAAUUAAGGCUUCGGAUUCAGGAAAUGGAACGGGAGCAGGCUACACGGCAGGGAAACGUAGGUUUUGGCUAGUAUAAGUAAAGGUAUUUGUUAGAGUAGGGAGUUAUGUUUGGCUAUAGUAAGGAGUAGCUUUGAGUAGGAUUAGGGGUGGCUUCGGGUAAGGUUGGGUGUUGUUUUGAGGUGUGGUAGCGGUUAUUUCCAGGGUAAGGAAUGGUUUGGGGAUGGGGUAGAGGUAGUUCUGCGCUGGAGUAAAGGUGGCUAAGGUUUGGAAUGGUAUUCACUAUGAUAGGUAUGAUUUUUAGCUAUGGCAUUUAGAUGGUAUGUCACAAAAGUUUUCCUUGUUUUAGAUUGUAAAUUUCGAUUGAUUUUGGCAUUUUGAGUAUGAUUAAUAUGAAAUGUUUUAGUAUUCUCGGGUGGAAAGCCAGCUAAAUCGCUACAAAUCUCAAGCAGAACAGUCGGAAAAGGAAUGUACCGAACUGAAAGCACAAAAUCGACAGCUUAAAAAAGAGGUAUGUGAUAUGUUUUGGCAGUUUUCAUAAACUAUUUUUAUAAUUUAUGGCAGUUAUGAUAGUCUAUUGGCAUGAGUUAUGGCAGAUUUACAGCUUUUUGUGUAUUUGCAUGUGCAAUUUGUACAAUUUCGGUUUUGCACUGUACAGAUGGACAAGAAGGUUUAUUUUGAAAAAAGUAAUCGUUAUCAGAUUUGUUUUUAGCUAUUUUUAUUGACAGUUUGAUGUUUCAGUUGAGAGACAAAGAGAACUCACUAGACGAAGCCAAAGAAACGAAUGCUCAUCUCCAAAGCCGGCUGGAGAAGCUUCGCACGAUGCGAAGGGUGUAA